AUGUAUCCCAUCAAUGUGUCCUCCAUGCUUUUGAUGCAGGCACAUUUCCUACAAGUCUUACUUAUUUUAAGUCCCGUCGAGGUGGAACUACUAAUUGCGAAGACUGGAUUAUUUGACGAUACCAGCAAAACAAUUACAUUUCUCGAUUUGGACACUAAAUACAGAAUUUAUAGGAAAAGGAUGACCUGGAACGAUUCUUUAACCUUCUGUUCAAAAUGCUUCGGAAACUUUGCAACAUUUCCAACCCCAAAAGACGCCGAGAAAGUACGCGAUCUCAUCUACACCGUAUCUCACUUCAGUCUCGCGUAUGACAAUGGGUCACAAAAGCACGAAUUCGGCCUCGAUCGAAGAUAUUGGUUCGGUCUGACGGAUCUUGGAAGUGAAGCUGAGUGGAAAUGGGUGAAAAAAUUGGGCGAAACUGAGGACAUGCACGAUUCCAAGUCGUACCCUUGGUGCACUAAUCAGCCCGACCAUUUCAACUCCAAAAGGCCGGAACAUUGUGUCGGCUUCUGGAAUCCGAUCUAUCAUUUGGACCAAGUCAAACUAGGAGCACGAACUGGACGGAGGGAAACGCAUUCCUUCGACGAUAUCGAGUGCGAUGUCAAAAUGUAUUUUAUUUGUGAGAAGGGAGAAUCGAAAGUCGAGGAGGAAUCGAAGGAUCAGUUUUGUCUGGAUGGGACAGGCGGAGGGGGUGCUGUUCAAGGAAGAGGGUUUGGCAGACGGAAAGAAAAUAAGACUAUGGAGGAGGAGAAAGCGACCAAGAAACCGAUGGGAAGAUCAAUGUUUGUUAGAAAACCGAAAAUCGGAACGAACAACAUUACUGAUGAAAGUGAGAAAAAUAAUGGGGCAGGAUUGGACGCAAAGAAACCGAAAGCUUUUUUUAAUGACACCAGAAAUGUGACCAAUGAUAGUUACGAUGUAAUAAAUGCAGUUCUCAAUUUUGUAACAAAAAUCGACACUGAUGGAAAUUCAUCACCCAAUGAGGAUGUCAACAACGCCACAUUUAUUACCAAAGAUAACAAGAAACCGAUGGGACGAUCAAUGUUUGUUAAAAAAUCGAAAAUCGGAACGAACAUUACAGAUGAAAAUGGGAAAAAUAAUGCGACAGAGUUGGACGGAAGGAAAGUGAAAGCUUUUAUUAAUGAUACCGGAAAUGUGACUGAUGGUUAUAGUGCAAUUCUGGAUUUUAUUGCCAAAAUCGACAUUUAUGGAAAAGAUGAAAAUUCACCAACUAAAGAGGAUAUAAAAAACUCUACCUUUGAGAAAAAUACCAAACCGAUGGGGCGGUCAAUGUUUGUUAGAAAACCGAAAUUCGGAUCCAACAUUACCAACGUAAAAGAUGAAAAUGGCAACAAUAAUGCCACAGAAUUUGACGAAACGAAAGUCAAAGCUUUUUUCAAUGACACUGGAAAUGUGACCAUUGAUGGUUACGAUGAAAUAAAUGCAGUUCUAACAAAAAUUAACACUGAUAAUAUGGAUGUCAAUAACGCCACAUUUGUUACAAAAGAUGCCAAUAAACCGACGGGCCGAUCAAUGUUUAUUAGAAAACCGAAAGUCGAAUCCAACAUUACCGACGUAAAAGAUGAAAAUGGAAAAAAUAAUGGAACCGAAUUGAACGUAGAGAAAGUCGAAACUUUUAAUGCCACAAUCGGCGGUGGUGCCGCCAAGGCUUUGGGCUUUGGUAGAGGCUUUGGUAGACGGAAAGAAAAUAAGACUACGGAGGAGGAGAAAGCGACCAAGAAACCGAUGGGGCGAUCAAUGUUUAUUAGAAAACCGAAAAUCGGAACGACCGGUACCGAAUUGAGAGAUGAAAAUGGGCUACGAAAUAAUGGGACAGAAUUACAAAUGAAAAGUUUUAAUGACACCGGAAAUGUGACCACUAAUGGUUACGAUACUAUAAAUACAGGAAAAUCAGCCAAAAUCGACGCAUCUGGAAAUUAUUCAACCAAAGAGAAUAUCAAAAACGCCACAUUUCUUACCUUUAUCGACACGCUCUUUGGAGAUAGCAGCCGCAAAAACGGGGCAGGCUUGUUAGAAACAGAUACGCACAUUAAUUCCACUAUGCCAGACAGUCUCACAGAAACUGCUAAAAUAAAGGGGUCAAAUGGCAGCUCGGAAACUCAAAAUCAUCAAAACUCAACUAUUCGUGGAACCAAUUUUACUGGGGAUAAAAUAUCAUCGGUAUUUCCUCAUGGUAAAAACGGAACAGUGCAUCAAUUAAAUGAUACACUCGACUCGACCAAAUCUACGUCAAGCAUUAAUAUUUUUACUGGCGGAUCAACCUUCGUGGGGGCCAACGUUACUGAAAGCGGUCCCGCUAAUGAAUCUGGAUCCACAGAAGUGCAGACCUCAUCUAACCUUGCGGCCGGAAAUUUUGCAAACUCAAAUUCGUCGAAUAUUGAGGAGCAAUGGCCAAAUAAUAGUGUAAUACCGACUGAUAAGUUACCGUUCAGCAUUGACUAUCCCACCAGCAAGAAAAAUUCAAACCAUUUUACCGCUGCAGAAAACUCGACGAGAAACAGUGCGGAUAUAACCACCGCGACCUUGUUAACCAGCCAUGACUCCGACGUGAAUCUUGGGAAAAAUCGGGCCAAAGGAAGAGGCAUGAUGAGACCCAGGAAGCCUUCCUUACCUGAAAAUUCCACUAAUUCCCCGAACGAAUCAAUUUCAUUAAGUAUGCGAGACGACUACUAUAAAUCAAGAUUUGGGAACGAAAAUCCAACAAAUAUGACAAAUGGACCAGAAGAAAGCAGUAUGCCUAACUUUAGGCUGGGGGAUCACAUCAGGAAUGUGACAUCGGAUAGAAACGCUACGAACAAGGAUGUCAGUAAUAAUGAAAAUGAAAUAAAUCUGUCAAUCCCAGGUAAUCGGACCAGCACAUAUUUUGGAAGAAAUGAGUCCCUUGUUGGAAAAUAUUUGGCCGACAAGUUCGACAAUUUCUUGGUUAACACGAAUAAUUCCUACGCUGAAGGUCUGAACAUAACAGGCAAGGAAACCACUUCGAUAUCAAACCUCACAGAAAGUUCAGGAAGCUACAAUAAAAACGAUGCUAAUAUGUCGAAUCCCACACAUGGCAAGGGUUGGAAAGAUGAUGUCGCUAAUUCGAAAAAUGGGGGUGAAAAGGAAGACAUCGAUUUAAAAUCUAAUCAGACGAAACAAAUCAGCGAAACUAUUUCACAAAACGGAUCUGACUCCAGGGAAGAAAUGCAUGAUAGUGUUACCACAAAGUCGCAUAUUCCAAGGGGAAGAACAAUGGGCAAGCCGUUAUCACUAAAUAAAAUAACUGGCACGAAUCAGCCCACUAUCCCGACUUCCGGUUAUUCAGAAACCAUUUUUUCAUCCAAAAACGACACCUUCCAGCAAACUGAUGGACAAAAAGAUGCAAAUACUCUUUCACCAGACUCGGGAGAAGAAAUGCGUAAUAAUUUCACCAAAAAGUCGCACAUUUCAAAGGGAAGGACAAUGGGUAGACCGUUGUCACUAAACAAAAUAACUAACACCAAUCAGCUACCGAUACCGAUUUCCAGUUACUCAGAGACCAUUUUUAGCCAAACAAAAGAUACAUUCCAACAAAAAUAUGCCAAUGACUCUGCUAAAGCAAGGAAUUAUAUAUCAAAAAUGGGUGAACAAAAUAACCAAACUAUUUCACAAGACUCGAGGGAAGAUCUGCAUAAUAACUUCGCAAUAAAGUCACACCCAAGGGGAAGAACUAUGGGUAAACCGUUGUCACUAAAUCAGCACCCUAUACCGACUUCCGGUUAUUCAGAAACCAUUCUUUCCUUCAAAAACGAUUCCUUCCAGCAUACCGAUAGACAAAAAGAUGCCAAUGACUCGGAUAAAUCAAUGAACCACAUUCCGAAGGUGGGGGAACAAUUUAAACAAAAUAUUUCACAGGAUUCGGGAGAAGAAAUGCGUGACGAUGCCUACAAAAAGUCGCAUAUUUCAAGAGGAAGGACAAUGAGUAAACCGUUGUCGCUAAACAAAAUAACUGACGCGAAUCACCCCCCUAUACCGGCCUCAGGAACCGUUUUUAACUCGACAAAAGAUACUGAUGCCGCUAAUUCGACAAGGGGGGCGGCCUCCGUAAAUGAUGACAUGAGUAUUCUCUCGAAAACGGAGGAACAAAUUAACGAAACUCUGUCACAAGAGAUGUCUAACAAUUUCACAGGAAAGUUACAUAUUUCAAGAGGAAGGACAAUGAGUAAACCGUUGUCACUAAACAAAAUAACUGCUAAAAAUCUGCACCCUGAACCAACUUCCGGUCACUCAGAAACAAUUUUUUCCUCCAAAAAGGAUACUUUCCAGCAACCUGAUCGAAAAAACGAUGCCAAUAACUCUGUAAUAUCAAUGAAUGACAUGUCGAAAAUGGGUGAACGACUUAACGCAACUAUUUUACAAGACUCGGGAGAAGAAAUGCGUAAUAACUUCAUCAAAAAGUCGCAUAUUCCAAGGGGAAGAACGAUGGGUAAACCAUUGUCACUCAACAAAAUAACAAGCACGAAUCAGCCCCAUAUACCGACUUCCGGUUACUCAGAAACCAUUCUUAACUCGGCAGGAGGUACCUUCCACCAAUAUGAUGAACAAAAAGAUGACAAUAACUCUGCUAAAUCAGUGAAUACCACUUGGGGGAUAAAUGAUGCUUCGAAAAUCUCUAACGAGACACUUCAAGACUCAGGUUUAAAUUUAAAUUUCACUGACAACAAUGCUUCAGUUAAAAAUUUUUCUCAAAAUCUUGCCCUACAAAAAUCUACUCGUUUGCUGGAAGAAAAUAUAAACCAGACAAAUUCUGAAUCAAACUUCUCCGCAGUGAAGAAUCUUGCUAAUAACAGCAGCUUUCCGGUAACUGGUAAAGAUUGGAAGCCAGGUCACGUCGGAGAUAAUUUGAAUAAUGUUAUCAACGCCACCGCAAAAAUUCAAUCCGGUUUUGAGAUCAAUUUGAAAGAUUCCGCCGCUAACGAUUCGAAUAUCCUUCGUUCCUCCGAAACAUUUCACAUUCCCAUGGGAAGGACUUUUACAAUUUCUCGCUUGAAUGCACUUAAUUCGCGUACGAAGGAAAACAUGGCUGCGCUUACGACAAGAAAUCAAAUUUUGCGUCAAAAUGGACACGAAAAACAAGCAAAGUCUCAUCACAAUAAGAACACAGAUUCAAAUAAAUCACCGUCAAUUUCGAAAUCCACACCCCCUCAAACGAACAAAACAGUGAAACAAGACACGAAAAAAAGUCCUCAGAAUCGUGCCUUCCAAAACGCUGCUUUAAAUAAUCUUCCAUUUUCUGACGAGGUGUUCGUCCCUCCCAAAAAAGCCAGCGAGCACAGAGCAAAGCAUAAAUUAUUUUCAGAGUUGGCACGAAGACAAGUUAAAGAUGAAACCUUGGUGAAAGUUAGUUUAAAUUAUGAUUCAUAA